AGAGAGCGGUAAGCUAUCAAAGAGGGUCGACAUGCAGUGACUGAUCGGUGUCCUCCAACAUGUCCCCGGUCUGCAGCUCCGUGAGGUCUGCUGUCAGACUGCUGCCGCGGCGGACCAGGGCUGGAGGAUUCAUCUGGUGCCCAUGCAGACGUAUUUCUGUGAACCCAGGAAGUUUGAAACCAAAGCUGGUUCCAUGUCGGUACCUCGGCCAGCCCAGUUCUUACACUCAUCCUCACCUCAUCAAACAUGGGGAGGUGACCCCUGGAAUAGCCCAGACAGAAUACGAGCUCCGCAGGCAGAAGCUGGCCUCACUCAUUGAGGCCCAGGCAGACAAGCUGGGACCUUCUACCUCCUCCAGCAACCACGUGGUCAUCAUCCUAUCCCAUCCAACCCGCUACAUGACCAACGACAUCCCUUACCCCUUCCACCAGAACCAGGAUUUCCUCUAUCUUACCGGCUUCUUAGAACCUGACAGUGCCUUGGUUCUUCAUGGGAAUGGUCGACCAGAUCAGGCUAUCCUGUUCGUCCCUCGCAGAGAUCCAGGGAGGGAACUCUGGGACGGACCCCGGUCAGGAAGGGACGGAGCAGCUGCCUUGACUGGUAUAGAGAGAGUUCAUCACACAGAAGAACAGGGUCUGGUACUGAAGAGCUUAAAAGGCUCUCAGUUCUGGUACGAUACCCCUUGCCCCUCCCACCCGCAGCUCCACCAGACCCACGUGCUCCCCGUGCUCCAAACGGGGUCGACCUCGCGCCCGGUCAGACCUCUCGUGCACUCUCUCAGGGCCGUGAAGAGCUCUGCGGAGGUGUCGCUCAUGCAGGAGGCGAGUCGGAUCACGGCGCAGGCUUUUAGAAGAACGAUGGCGUUGUCUCAGGGGGAUGUAGACGAAGCUGUGCUGUUUGCCAAGUUUGAUUUUGAGAAUCGGAUUCACGGUGCUAACUUCCUGGCGUAUCCCCCUGUGGUUGCUGGAGGUAAUCGUGCUAACACUCUGCACUACAUCAACAACAACCAAAUUAUCAAGGACGGUGAAAUGGUUCUGCUUGACGGUGGUUGUGAGUACUUUGGUUACGUCAGUGACAUUACUCGAACGUGGCCGGUGAACGGGCGAUUCAGCCCAGCCCAGGCCGAGUUGUACGAGGCUGUUCUGGAGGUCCAGCUCUCCUGCUUGUCGCUGUGCACCCCGGGCGUCAGUCUCGAUCACAUCUACAGCGCCAUGCUGGCUCUGCUGGGACGGCAGCUGAAGCGGCUCGGCAUCCUCAAAGCUGGAACCAGUGAUGCUGACAUGCUAAAGGCUGCACGACAGUACUGCCCUCAUCAUGUGGGCCAUUACCUGGGCAUGGACGUCCAUGACACUCCUGAAUUAUCCCGCUCACAGCCUCUCCGACCAGGAAUGGUCAUCACAAUAGAACCAGGGAUGUACAUCAGUGAAGACAACAACCAGGCUCCAGAGCAUUUCCGUGGCCUCGGUGUCAGGAUCGAGGAUGACGUUGUGAUCCAAGACGAGGGAGGACCUCUGAUUCUGUCCUCUGGUGCACCAAAGACCAUCGCUGAUGUCGAGAAGGCCUGUGCCAUGAGAUAGGACACCGAGGGAAAGAAUUAGGUCAACUUAUUGAUGGCGGCUGUACAUUUCCGUCUCCAUGAUGAUAAUUUAAAGCUCAGGAACAGGAGUUGAGAGCCUACUUUUAGGCUUCAGUUUUAGUUGAACCCAAGCUGCAAACAUCUAAGAAUAUGACGUUAAAAAUCACUUUGCAGACAAGUGUAUUAUCCUCACUACACUGGUCACCAUACACUGAAUGCAAAAGAAAGAGGAACAAUCUUUGCACACAUGUGCCUUCUGUCAUGUUUCAGGAGACUUUAUGCACAGAACAGGAUAUUGAGCUGAGCGUUAAAGGAUUUUGUUCUUUAUUUAACAACAAAUCAGAGCUACAACGAUGCAGCGACCCUUGUUAGACACCAAGUUGAAACUCAAAAUUAGAAAAAGUUUUAGUUUCCAGCUAAAGGUUCAGCUUGUUCUUUUUUUAGGUGUUUAAACAAAAAAACAAAAAUGUUGAUUUCUUCCUCAUCUUAUUCUGCACCACACAAGAUCAAAACACCAAAUGCAGAACUUUAACUCGCUGCACUUUAAUACGAGCUGGGAGAAUGAGUACAGAGUAUGUUUAUGCAGUAUUAAAUGAAG